UCCUUUUUGUUACGUUGUUUCAACGGGCGACCUGUUUUCGAAAGCCAUUACUCUCCUCGCUUGCUCUCCGCAAUUUCUACCUCGUUCCUUGCUCAAUUCCCGCCACUUUUCUGCUAGUAGCAGAGAAGGAUAUGGCUGAGGAGAAAUCAGAGCAGUGUUGGAUGGACAAAGAACAAACUAACGUUGCCUCUGGCUCUUCUGUAUCAGAAGCCAAAGACAAUGACAAUGUUAUGCUCAUUUCAUCAAGGAAAUGUAGCCCGGGAUCAGCAUUGCCAUCUAAUCGGAGAACCACCGGCCCUGUUAGACGUGCAAAGGGUGGUUGGACUGCGGCGGAGGAUGAGACAUUAAGGAAGGCUGUUUCAGCUUUUAACGCAAAGAAUUGGAAGAAAAUAGCUGAGUUUUUUCCGGAUAGAACGGAAGUUCAAUGUCUGCAUAGAUGGCAAAAAGUUCUUAAUCCAGAACUCGUUAAAGGACCUUGGACUCAGGAGGAGGAUGAUAAAAUAGUUGAAUUGGUGUCUAUACAUGGACCUACAAAAUGGUCUUUGAUAGCCAAAUCUUUGCCCGGUCGGAUAGGAAAACAGUGCCGAGAACGGUGGCAUAAUCAUCUUAAUCCUGAUAUAAAGAAGGAUGCCUGGACUUUUGAGGAGGAAUUGGCCCUUAUGGAUGCUCAUCGUAUAUAUGGAAACAAAUGGGCUGAAAUAGCGAAGGUUCUUCAUGGAAGGACUGAUAAUGCAAUAAAGAACCACUGGAAUAGUUCUUUGAAGAAAAAGAUGGAUUCCUAUCUAGAUACUGGAAAACUUCCGUCCACUCCAAAGUACAGUGCACAAGUUGCUGUCAAAGACACAGUUAGCCAUUCUACAUUUAACACAAUACAUGUUUGUUCAAAUAAAGGAUUAGAUGACAGCAUUGCAUCAUUAUCUAAAACUACAGACAUUAGUAAGCAGGAUAACAGUGAUAAGAAUCAACUUGAGUCCUCAGGAACAGUUAGAGAGGUUGGUGAUUCUUCAAAUGUUCCUGCAAAUGAAUCUCAUGAUUCUGACUGCAUAAAAUGCAAUGGAUCAUCCAACAAAGCUCUCAUCUGUAGUAACGCAAAAGUAGUGUCAGGAGAUAAUUUGGGAAUAAACAGUGAGCCAAAAUUUGAGAAUCCUGUACUCAAUGGCAACCCAACAACUGAUCAUUAUAUGAAUAAAGGUGAAAUAAACAGCGACAGGUUAACCAGAAUAUUUUUUUCUAAGGAAAGUCCGCCACUUGGUUCUUCUAAUGAGCCUCCGCAGUUUGCUGAAUCACUUGCUUUAGAUUCUAAUCUUCAUUUUAAUAUCCCUGGCCUACAGAAUGAUUUAUUUUCCUCUCCAAUGCUGUCACCUGUUGGUUUCUUAACUCCACCUCCUGUGAAGGGAAUUGAAUUAAGCCCAGAAUCUCCUGAAUCAAUAUUGAAAAAGGCAGCUAAAACUUUCCCAACUCCUUCCAUAUUGAGGAAGAGAAGGAAUAGAGUCCAAAACCCAGUCACUCCUAGUAAGGUUGCCAAAGAAUUACAUGCUUAUACUGAACGAGAGAGAACAAAUGAUAAUUUUGGUUCUGAAGUUGUGAGCUUAUCUCUGAGUCUAGCAUGCCAUAGCUAUGAGAGCAACAUUCCCCAUAAUACGGCUUUCAGUGCAACUCCCCCAUACCGAUUAAGAUCCAAGCAAACAACAAUUAAGUCUUUGGAGAAAGAACUUGAGUCUGCAGUUGACAAAGAGAAGCCGGAAAAAUUGCAAAGAGGAGUGUUGUGGUGACUGAAGAUUGUCUUCAUAAAGCAAAAUUGGCAGAAACGCAGUUCGUUAAGUUGAACUGCAUGAAUUUUUCUCAUAAGUGGUUGACCACGGUUUGCCAGUUUUGCUAGUAAUUAUACUCCAUUGAUGGUGACAAGCAGAAGCUGUCGGAUACGUAUAGAAAAAUAUUUGAUACAUUCCAUUUAAUUGUGGAUAUAUAAUUUAUAUAUUUAUACCGCGCACACAAGUUUUGUACAGAUAUAUAUACUCCUUGAGAAAUAAAUUUUGGAUAGUUUCAGAAUAAA